AUGAUUUCGUUUGUUGUCUUUGGUGCUUCGGGCGAUUUAGCAGCAAAGAAAACAUUUCCAGCUUUGUUCCAGCUUUUCAAGAAAAAAGCCAUAGAAAGGGACCAGUUUCGGAUUAUUGGAUUUGCCAGAAGCAACCUUUCCAACGCAGACUUUGAAAACAUUAUUAGCAUGCACAGCGGCGAAGAGCAGGGUUCCACUGUUCUUAAAAGUUUCAGACAACAUAGUGAAUAUUUUCGAGGAAACUAUUCCGAUAAAGCCUCAUUUGAGAAGUUGAAUGAGAAGUUGAAGAGCUACGAAGAGCAGGACAAGUCGGUACUGAGAAUAUUUUAUCUCGCUGUUCCGCCCAGUGUGUUCUUCGAUGUUUGCUCGAACAUUCAUAAGACUACGUACUUGCCAAACAACCGGACACGCAUCAUUGUCGAGAAACCGUUUGGCAUGGACUAUGACUCUGCCGACAUGAUCAUGAACUUGCCCAUAAUGCGCUUUAUGAAUCCAGGUAUUGACGCAAUGUUCAAUCAUGAACACGUCGAGUCGGUCGAAAUAUUCAUGAAGGAGAGCGGUACGUGUGAAGGCAGAGAAGGAUACUUCAACAGCAAUGGCGUCGUCCGUGAUGUGCUUCAGAAUCAUUUAAUGCAGUUAUUUAGCGCCGUCGCUAUGGAUCCGCCUCGCUCUGCGGAUGCAUCGGAUAUUCGAAAUGCAAAGGUCAAAUUGUUACAAGCCGCAAAACCGUUUCGUCGAGAAGACACCUUGUUUGGGCAAUAUGUUAAAAGUGCAGAUGGAAGCAAGAAAGGGUACCUCGACCUAAAGGGAAUUCCAGAGGACAGCAACACAGCAACUUUCGUUGCUUCUACGCUAUACGUGGAUAAUGAACGUUGGAAGGGUGUCCCUUUCGUGUUUGUGACAGGCAAAGCUUUAAACGAAAAUGAUGUUCACGUUAGUUUGCACUUGCGGCCAAAGGAUAUGCCGUAUCAGUCAAAGGGCAAUCAGAGCAGACUUGUCACAUUCUCUAUCCAACCAAAGGAAUAUGUUGCUUUUGAUUGUUUGAUUAAAAGGCCUACCAUGGCCGGUGGACUGCACACAGCAGAGUUGAAGAUCGACUAUGACAAGGAUCUUGAAGACGUAUACCAAAAGUAUGAUGCAUACGAGGCAUUAUUUUAUGAUGCUAUCAAAGGCAACCCUACGCGAUUCGUUCGCAGUGAUGAAGUUGAGGCAGGAUGGAGGAUCGUAAACAACAUUCUCGAUCCCAAGGAACCCUGUGAAAAGUAUACAUUUGGUUCUGCAGGCCCGAAGCAACUGCGAGAGUACCUCCACAAGUACUUAUAUCUUGAGACGAGUAAAAAGACAUAA